AUGACUUUACCAAAAGGCUAUCGCUUUAGGCCUACAGAUCAAGAACUCCUUCUAAAAUAUCUCGAGAAGAAGUGUUCGAACGAAGCCCUGCCUUGUGACGUCGUUAUCGAUCGUGAGAUUUAUGGCGACAAAGCCCCAUGGCAGAAUUUCACCGACGAAGAUCCCUGGGAGAUAUCCAAAACCAAAGACAUGAAGACAGAUUUAUGGAAGACAGAAGGUACAAUCUACGUUUUCACGACCUUGAUCAAGGCCAGCCAAAACAGGAUUGCAAGAAAAGCUGGUUGUGGCUCUUGGCACGGAGAGACCGCUCGUGAAGAAGUUAAGAACGGUAAAUGUGCAAUAGGGUACAAGACGACGUUGUACUUUGAGAUUGCCGCCGACGAACCUAUUGCAAUGGAAGGGCCUGUGGAAAAAGGCCACUGGAUCAUGCAAGGGUACUCUCUCCGCAAUGGCAAUACUGAUAAAAGUACAGGCAAAUAUGUUCUUUGCAGGAUAAAAAGAUUCGACUCAAAGUACACCAAGGUAUCUCCAAGAAAAAGAAAGAAUGUUGAGGCUGCCACUACUGAAAAUGACCUUGUAGUUUCGAAACUCGCAAAAUGUGUUAGAACUGAGGUUAUGCAAGAAAAGAAGUUGGAGUGUGAUAUUAUUGCAGCACCGGAUACAGAAGUUGUAACCAUCUCAAAAGAUCAACAAUUUGUGCAAGAUCAGAGUUUUCUGAUGAGUGACGAUGCAAAUGAGUUAACCGUUGAAGAACUUGAAGCUAUUUGGGAACAGGAAGAGCAAGGAAGUUAUUCACGUUGGCAUUGUGAUAAUUCGGCACUUGUUCCAUUGGAUAGCAAUACUGUGACGUCAAAUACAUACUUUCAUAUGCCUGCAACGUAUCUUGACAAAUCAGUUCUGGUUGUGGAGCAGCAACAAGGUUUUGGGCUAGAUUGUAAUGCAUUUGGAAAUAUCUCUUCGACUCCCAAACAUGAUUGGGUACAGUAUUCGAACCCCUCUCACAUAGGGGCUCAAAAUCUGUCAAAUACAGAAGCCUGGUUGAGUGCGGAGCUUCUUCCAAGCGAUCAAGAGAGUGAAGGGUUCUUGUUUCCAAACUCUACGUUUCAUGCCACAAUAGAACCAUCACCGAUAUUCUCUUUUUCCAAUGAUUUGUUUUUGGAUCAGCAGAAAAAUAACAUGUCAGAACAUCUUCCCUCAAUAUGGUGGUGA